GUCUCGUCGGCUCCUCGACGACUGGCGACGGGCCGUGGAGAUGUGGGAGGCGACGAGAUGGCAGUGACGGAGACCGAAUUCCACGCCAAGGCCGAAGUCUCUCUCCAGCAGAUCUUUGAGUCCUUGGACGCCAGUAACUUGGACUGUGUCGACGAUUUGGGCUACGAGGAUGGCGUCCUGACUGUCAAGCUGGAAGGGGGCAGAACAUUUGUGAUCAACAAGCACUAUGUCACUCGUCAGAUUUGGUACGCCUCGCCGGUCUCUGGCGCGCUGUAUUUCAACCUCCAGGCAGAUCAGACCUGGCGAACCAAAGAUGCGAUGGAGCUGGGCAAGUGCUUUUUGCAGGACUUGAUCCAGGUUUGCCCUGAAGCGCAGGAACUGGACCCUGCAAAGUUUUAUGCCUGAGCAGAUUCGCAUUUGGCCCAAGAAAGCCAGCGCAGCUUGUUGCUGGACAAUCGACCCACAAUUGUUUGCAUUUAUGGUCACAAACCAGCAGAAGAGUACGAGUAUACCAUAUUGCCAGCGGCUGCACUAAGCCGGGCCGCAUUGCUCUGAAAAUGCACAAAGGGCGAUGCAUCUGAAAGGAAGACGAAGGCGACUGUAUCUGAGUUCUAUCUUAUAUAACACAUAUUUUGGCAGAUGACGAACGUCUACAAAAAACGGGCAGUCUCAAAGGCCUUGAACGCUGAGAAUGAGGAGGACACCGUCGAGCUCUCACACAACCCCAAGGACCCCUUGGUGGGCUACGCCUUCAAAAUCCAGGACCAUCCACUAGCCGGGCAAGUGACCUACAUGCGGGUGAUUGACUUAGCUCCUCUUGCGGUUUUGCAGAGUUGUGUGCCACUCUGGCCUCUAUGCGUGUCAAACAUUUUGCUUUGUAUGCCAAAUCGCAAAAAGAUCUGGUUGCCCAGUAAUCAGCUGCACAAGAUCAGCCUGCUGGCAUUGCUGUUUCCGUUGCAUCGUGUAUUGGCAAGGUAUACCAGGGCAAAAUUGGAA